UCUCCGCCUAGUCUAGGUGCUAAUGUCGUUACAGAUUCCCAAUGCGAAGUUAUCGGGGAACAUAUGAAACCCAAUCAAUCACUCUUUUCCGAUUUACGUCCACCAGGUAUCACUCAAGUGCUGUCGCCGGCCGCUCUCUCUGGUUCUUCCAAGGGCUGCAGCGUAAUCGACGGGUUCUCAUUCACCUGGGAAGGGCAAUACACUAGCAACGUUGCGCAGACUGUCUCUGGUGCUCAUGUAGUCAAUGAAGAGUCCGUGGGAAACCGUGUAUCUCUUGGUUUGACUAGACGGUCUAUUCUGACGCAAGACGCUCCUUCUCCGGAUGACGACGAUCAUGAGGACGAGUUUGUGAUCCCGGCGGAAUUCUGUGGAUAUCAAUAUGGUGAAGAGGGUCCGAAAAGAUUUGGCACCCUUCGCAAGUUUUCCAGUCUCGAUUUCGACACGGAUACGCUGGAAUCUGCACCUUCGUCCAGGCAGAUGGAUUCCUUGGCGACAAAUCCGCCUGUCUCUCAUCAACUUCGCAAGUCUCGGUCAAGCUAUAUGUCUUCAUUCAUGCAAAGCCAAAGCACUGCGGGCGUGCGGAACAAACUACGCAAGAAGACACGCCCGGAAAGCGCUACGAUUCCUGCGUACGUGCAGCACGCCAUGCUCGACCUUCCUCCUGGAAUCGAACAAAUUGGGAAUGGGAUUGGUUACGUGCGGCGGUCAAAGCCCAUACAUGCACGUCUGUCUUUCGCCACGCUGACGCCGAGGUCGUGCCAUGGUAUGUUCUCCGGUACGCGCUUCCCCAGGCUAGCGCCCCGACAUGAGCGCAAGAAGAACGGAAAUGGAGACUACUUUGAACAUGCCGGAAGUGGUGUCUCAGUUAUGGGCGGAACACGCGAUAGCGAAGACCAGAUGGACGCCGUCAUGAGGGAGAUGUACGGGAGCAGGUGGAAUCUGGGCACUUCGGCGAGCGAACUCUCUCUUGCGGGAGGAGCGGAUCCAAGAGUGUAUGCGACCCUGACAAGGACGGCCGUGGGCCUGGGCUUGGGCGCAACUGCACUAGAUCUUACUCGAACACGACUGCCGACAGCUCCUGCGGAACUCUCGACGCUUAGCCCUGACAGCACGCUGCGACUGGUCUCUCCAUCAACCCUUCAUCUCGUGUAUUGCUAAGCGCUGGCUUCUCUCAUUUUCUCGCUGGUUUUCCUGUCUCGUCGAGCAACGUUACGCGGCCCCGGAUGCAGCACCGGACUGUCAUCCGCGCAUGCGACGUUUCUAUUCCUCGUUCUCUUCUAUAAAUCGGGCAACAAUGAAUUGGGUAUUCUAUCUCGCAUGAUGUUCUCCCAUGCGCUCCCCCCCCCCUCCGCGUCUAGUUGCGUAUUUUCGCACUGUCUUUGCCAUGUCGUCAUGAUCUU